AACGACAUUCUUUUUGUUAGUUCUUGACACUCCACUAUGUAUUUCCGUGUACUGAUUGCCUUCUCAAUGCUACAAGCGGUAUUUGGUUUUCAAGAUUGUCCCUCAGAUGUGGUUGGUGUUGAAAACAGAAAUAUCAUACCAGACAGUAGUUUUACAGCGAGCACGGAGCUGAGGUCUCAAUAUGGAGCCGUCAAAGCUAGGUUUACUUCUGAUAGUUGUUGGGAGCCAAAUGGGAGUAACAAAGCUGAUGACUAUCUACAGAUAGACUUGGGUAAAGUGUUUGUUAUCUGUGCUGUGGCUACAAAGGGAAGCGCAAGACUUUUUGCAUUAGAAUGGACAACAGAGUACAAGAUAUCUUCAUCAGUAGAUGGUACAACAUGGUCUUGGUAUCCGGACAAUAACACUGUCCAGACAUUUGUUGGCAACACUGACGGUAAUACUGCUGUUAAGAAUGUUCUAAAUGCUCCUGUCUUGGCAAAGCUGAUAAGAUUUACACCAACAAAAUGGAACAAUUACAAAGCUUUGCGAGUUGAACUUUACGGCAUUGAAUAUGACGUUUUUAGUUGCAAAUCCUACAGUGUUGGUGUUGCAAGUGUUGCUAAGAUACCAAACAACAAAAUUUCAUCCUCAUCUAAUUACAAUACCAGUACUCCACCACACAAUGGCAGGCUUGGUUACAAUAUAGGGUCGCCAUGGUGUUCUGCUAGGUCAGACUCUUUUCCAUAUCUACAAAUUAACCUGAGCACACCUUACGUCAUUUGUGGUGUUGCAACACAGGGUGACCACAUGUCGUCCAACCAGUGGGUGCAGACUUACUACAUACAGACAUCAAUUGAUGGCAGGUCAUUUUUUGACUUAAAACAGAAUAACAUUGUUAAGGAAUUUUCUGGUAACAUCGAUCCCAACACAAUUUUUCAAAACGUACUGUACGAGGGAACUGUUGGUCAGUACGUCCGCAUACGACCUAAGAGUCACUAUGGAUCUACAAGCUGUAUGAGAACAGAACUGUAUGGUGUACAACAGACUAGAGUUUGUUCCAGGAUUUCCAUUGGUAUACCAUCUGCAACUAUUGUUCCUGAUCACCGAUUCACCGCGAGUUCAUAUUAUAGUAACCAUUAUGUACCAAGUAAUGCCAGGCUUAGGAAGAACGCAGCCUGGGAACCUGCAAAUGACAAAAUUGCAGGUUCCUGGCUGCACAUUGAUCUUGGUUCUGUGGUAUUUAUUUGUGCCGUUGCAACUCAAGGGAAUGGCCAUUCUGCCAAUGAAUAUGUCAAGAAAUACAAGCUCAGAACGUCAAUUGAUAAUAUUAAUUGGAAAUAUUACCAGGAAAACAAUGUAGACAAGAUAUUUGCGGGGAAUACAAAUAAAAACAGCAUUGUAACAAACACUCUGGCAAUUCCAACUAAAGCCAAGUUUAUAAGAUUUUACCCUGUGGCCUGGAAUGCUUAUGCAGCGAUGAGGGUUGAAGUAUAUGGUGUACCUUUAGUUUGCAGCAAACCAUUUGGUCGUGAAAAGGGUGGCAAGUUGGGGAAUAUCAAGAUGACGUCAUCAUCUAAAGCAGACAAUUCCCAUGAUGCAUCUGAUGGACGUCUCUAUGGUGAUGCGUCAUGGUGCAGUAGUACCUCAUCAAACUCAGAGUACAUUCAGAUUGACUUUGGAAAGAUAAUAACACUGACUGGUAUAGCUACACAGGGUGACCACACCAUGGAUAAAUGGGUCAAGACUUACAACAUCAAAUACAGCAUAGAUGGAAUCCAAUGGAAUGAUCACCGAGAAGGCGGAAAUACUGCCAAGAUCUUUCAAGGAAACAGUGACAGAAGUAGUAUUGCAGUCCGAUGGUUAAGUCAUCCACUCACAGUGAAAUAUAUCAAAGUGCAUCCUCAAUCUUGGAAUACUGCAGUGUGUAUGAGAAUAGAAGUCUUUGGAUGCAAGUAUCCUUCUGCUCCAGAGAUAACCGAGCUGACAAAUCAAAACCUUACAGCAUCAAGAGGUAGUUAUGUCGAGUUGACGUGCCAGGUAAAGGAACCAUUAAUCCAGCACAUUCAAUGGUAUUCUAAUGGUAAUGAUGUAACCGGUCUUUCUGGUGGUAUUACGCGGCAUGUUACCUCUGUUAAGUCUUUGUUACGAGUAAACUAUACCAAUGCUAUUGAUGUAACCAGGAAAUACCAGUGCUUCAAUGAAAUAAAUAUUAUGGUAUGCCGACGGAACUACGUGUGUAAGUCAAAGUAUGGAAAACAGAAUAGUGAAGCAGAUUCUGUGAAAAGUGCGCAAGUCCAAGUUAUUCUUGACAUAUCUCCUGUUUUUCCAUCGCCAUUGCUGCAUGUUUUUGCCAAGUCAGUGAUCUUUGUCUGGACUUAUCCCGUCAAUUCAUACGUUAGAGCUGUAAUGGUCAAGUACUGGAACCAUCAAAUAACAAAGACCGUGACUGCAUCUUAUCCUGCUACCAAUCUUACCAUAACUGGUUUAUCACCUUGUACGUACUAUAAUGUGACUAUCAAGGCUGUCAGUGAACUGGAUAAUGGACAAUGGACUACAACCAGGAAUUUCAGAACAGACUCGGAAUUACCAAACGUUGCCCCCAGUGGUGUUAAUGCACGAGCGAAGACGUCUCAAAGCAUACUUGUUACAUGGAAGGUUCCCGCUGGAAUCAGUUGUCCUCCCAAUGGAUACAAGAUUGUCUUCACAACUGCAGCAGGGCGACCUGGUCAAAGUGUUUUUGUCAGUGGUUUUCAAAAUACAUCGUAUACGUUGACUAAACUGAAAAAGGGGACUGAAUAUUUCAUCCGUGUUCAAGUUCACAAUGAGAAAGGAAAUGGUCCACUAAGUACUGUUGUAAAGGAACGUACCUUGGAAGACAAAAAGAAUGCAACGCGUAAGACUGAAAAUCUAAGCGAUCAAAAAGAACGACCAAAAUGUGUCACAGGUGCGUCAUCAGGAAGAACGCUAAGUUAUAUUCUCGGUGCGAUAAUCGCCGUACUGGUUGUGAUCAUCAUCGCAUUGAUGUUUUACAUUCGACAAUUGAGAAAUCUUGUGAACGAUUUUCAAGGCAAAUCAAAGAGGAAUCCCGAUAGUAAUUUACCAGGCCAAAUUGUUUACGAGCUUACUGACUUUGGCUGCUCUCCUCGCUAGAAGAUUCGACGAUAAAGAUGAACUUCAUAAGAAUAUUUUGAAGCUCAGAAAACAUUUAACACUUAUUUACUGGAACCGAGGGAAACAUACUGUUCAAGCUUGCGUGAAGUCAGCCUACUCAGUUCCAAUCUUUCACGGACAAAGAUUACGUGACAAAUUAUCAUGCAAAUAGUCACGGAAAUAGAUUUAAUCGAAAUUUUUUUUAAAAAUUGAAAAAUUGACUUCUACAUUCGGGAUCGGGUAAUCUUCGAAUUACGCGCUUCCAGUCAGUGUCCAGGAGGAAUUCAAAUGAGUGACAUACCCACCAGUACUUCAACAGAAUAUGAAACAGUUGACCAACCUCAGCGACAAGAAUCGAACCGUAAUGACGAUGGAAUUUUCGAAAAAACAAGAACCACUUACCAACAACUUCAUUUUGACAAUAAACAAAAAGGAGGCAUUUAUGAAGUAAUGGACCAAAAUACGAAAAGUGAGAAAUUGUUGGCUAACGAUGCGCAGGCAGGACAUUCCGUUUACCAGUCGCUUUGCAAGGAUGCAUAUCGAUCAAAUAUAUCAAGGACUGCACAUCUAUGAAAAUAAGAAUGCACAAUCCAAGAUAUAAUCAUUAUAAAACGUGGGUUUAAUGAUGUAGAUGUCUGUUUUAAUAAAUUAAUAGCUUAAAGUGCUACUUGCAUGAA